AGCUUAGCACUUUUUAGCUCUAGGAAAUACAUUUUUUUGGAAGCUUGUGGCUCGGCCAAAGAGAAGCGAUAGUCGUACGAUUCGGGGGGUCGCCACCCCCGGUGGCGAAAAUGGAAUUUGUCGCGGGCUCGCGUCCUGGUGGCGUUUGCUCGCGCUGUGUAAAAUGUGACUUCCAGCCGGCUUUUCCUUCUCCACUUGACGAGCUAAUGCUAACUUGUUAGCAGUCCGGCCAGCUAGCCGGCUUGCCCCGCUCGGCUAACGUUAGCGCCCGGGCUGCAUUGCACUAGCGCAGGCCGUUGACCACCGGGCUUUUCGCCCUGGCCGUUAAAGCGUGAAGCGGCCAAAUUAUUGGCCACAUCCUCACGAAGGAGAUAUUUCCUGGUUGUUGCCCCCAGUGAUGACUGUAUUGAACCCUGUACGUCCCGAUUAAACUGGUUGGAUGCCCCCAUUUAACAUUCAGCUCUCGAACUUUAGAGGCCUCUCAACUAAUCUCGUUGCCAUUCAUCUGUCACUGUCUUCCUGGAGGGAACCUCCCAGGAGAUUUCGACAAGAUUCUGUGUGGAAUAUGUCUGGCCCUGUUCCAAGCCGCUCUCGAGUUUACCCCGAUGUGAACACGCAGAGACCUCGAGAAUACUGGGACUAUGAGUCCCACGUUGUCGAGUGGGGAAACCAGGACGACUAUCAGCUAGUCAGAAAACUCGGUCGAGGCAAAUAUAGCGAAGUGUUCGAGGCUAUAAACAUCACCAACAAUGAAAAAGUGGUCGUAAAAAUACUAAAGCCUGUGAAGAAAAAGAAAAUCAAGAGAGAAAUAAAGAUCCUGGAGAACCUCCGGGGCGGCCCAAAUAUCAUCUCGCUGUUAGAUAUUGUCAAGGAUCCCGUGUCCCGAACCCCUGCUCUGGUUUUUGAACAUGUGAACAACACAGACUUCAAGCAAUUGUAUCAAACCCUAUCUGACUUUGACAUACGGUUUUACAUGUAUGAAAUCUUAAAGGCUCUGGAUUACUGCCACAGUAUGGGCAUUAUGCACAGAGAUGUCAAGCCACACAAUGUAAUGAUCGACCACGAACACAGAAAGCUGCGCCUAAUCGACUGGGGUUUGGCUGAGUUCUACCACCCGAACCAGGAAUACAACGUGCGAGUGGCCUCCAGGUACUUUAAAGGACCUGAAUUACUGGUAGAUUACCAGAUGUAUGACUACAGUCUCGACAUGUGGAGUUUGGGCUGCAUGUUGGCCAGCAUGAUCUUCAGAAAGGAACCUUUCUUUCAUGGUCACGACAACUACGAUCAGCUUGUGCGAAUUGCAAAAGUCUUAGGCACAGAAGACUUGUACGACUACAUAGACAAAUACAACAUUGAAUUGGAUCCACGGUUCAAUGACAUCUUGGGAAGACACUCUCGUAAAAGGUGGGAGAGGUUCGUGCACAGCGAGAAUCAGCACUUGGUCAGUACAGAGGCCCUGGACUUCCUGGACAAACUGUUGCGCUAUGACCAUCAAGCCCGGCUGACAGCCAAAGAGGCCAUGGAUCAUCCAUACUUCUUUCCCAUCGUCAGAGAUCAGGGAAGAGGGGCCACUCCUGGGGGGAUGGCGGCCAGCUCAACACCAGUCAGCUCCUCAAGUAUGAUGGCCGGCAUCAGCUCAAUGACCUCCGCGCAGCCGCUGCCGAACAUCACUGGAUCGCCCGUCAUCUCCGCCCCCAACACCCUGGCCACACAAGUCCCCGCAGCCACUGGGGCCCAGCCCUGAGGGACUCCACACACACACACCACACACACACACA